AUGGCCUCCACAGCCUCCAUGGCCCCACACGGCCUCCAAGGCCUCCACGGCCCCCACGGCCUCCACGGCCCCACGGCCUCCAUGGCCUCCACAGCCUCCACGGCCCCACACGGCCUCCAUGGCCUCCAUGCCCCAAACGGCCUCCAUGGCCCCACGGCCUCCAUGGCCUCCACGGCCUCCAUGGCCUCCACAGCCUCCACGGCCCCACACGGCCUCCAUGGCCUCCAUGCCCCACACGGCCUCCAUGGCCCCACGGCCUCCAUGGCCUCCACGGCCUCCAUGGCCUCCACGGCCUCCACGGCCCCACGGCCCCACGGCCUCCAUGGCCCCACACGGCCUCCAUGGCCCCACACGGCCUCCAUGGCCUCCAUGCCCCACACGGUCUCCAUGGCCCCACGGCCUCCAUGGCCUCCAUGGCCUCCACGGCCUCCACGGCCCCACGGCCUCCAUGGCCUCCACGGCCCCACGGCCUCCAUGCCCCACACGGCCUCCAUGGCCCCACGGCCUCCAUGCCCCCCACGGCCUCCAUGGCCUCCACGGCCCCACGGCCUCCAUGCCCCACACGGCCUCCAUGGCCCCACGGCCUCAAUGCCCCCCACGGCCUCCAUGGCCUCCACGGCCUCCAUGGCCCCACGGCCUCAAUGCCCCCCACGGCCCCACGGCCUCCAUGCCCCACACGGCCUCCAUGGCCCCACGGCCUCAAUGCCCCCCACGGCCUCCAUGCCCCCCACGGCCUCCAUGCCCCCCACGGCCUCCAUGGCCUCCAUGCGUGUUGAGUUCCAGUCAAACGCCUCCUUCAGUGACAACAAUAAUAAUUAA